AUGACCAGCCUGUGGGUCUUCACCUGCCUCAGUGCCUUUCUGGGAGCCAAAUUGGUCCCAGUCACCUCUGCCCCGCCUGCGGUGCUCACCCUGGGCCCAGAGGUCAUCAAUGAGAUGCUGACUGAGCAACUGAAGGACCAGGGUGCCACGACCAUCCUCCAUAAGCUGCCCCUGCUGAGCGCCAUGAGGCAGGAGCCCAGCGGAGGCAUUCCCCUCCUGGGCAGCCUGGUCAGCUCCGUCCUGAAGCACAUCAUCUGGCUGAGGGUGACCUCUGCGAGCAUCCUCCAGCUGCAAGUGCAGCCCACUGUCAAAGACCAGGAACUGGUGGUCAGGAUCCCCCUGGACAUGGUGGCGGGAUUCAACACGCCGCUGGUGAAGACCAUCGUGGAGUUCCACAUGGAGACCGAGGCCCAAGCCUUCAUCGGGGUGCAGAGCAGCCCUGACGGCCCCCACCGCCUGGUCCUCAGAGACUGCCUCAGCAGUCAGAGCAGCCUGCGCAUCAGCCUGCUGAACAAGCUGUCCUUCCUGGUCAACUCCUUAGCAGACAAGGUCAUAAACCUCCUGGUACCAGCCCUGCCCCAGAUGGUGAAAGAGGAGCUGUGCCCUGUGAUCCAGACUGCAUUCGAUGGCAUGUAUGCAGACUUCCUGAAGCUGGUGAAGGCACCCAUUUUCCUCAGCCCUGGAUUGCUGAGAUUUGACCUACUGUCUCCUGCCAUCACGGGCAGUAGCAUCCAGCUCAACCUGCAGGCUAAGUUGCUGGACUCAAAGGCCAAGGUGACCAAGUGGUUCAAUAACUCUGAUACCUCCCUGGCACUGCCCACCCAGCACAGAGCUCCUUUCAGCCUCAUCAUUAGGGAGGAUGUGGUGAGCGAAGUAGUGGCUGCCAUACUCUUUCCAGAAGAGCUGGUGGUCCUGCUGGACUUCGUGCUUCCUGAACUGGCCCGUGAGCUGAAGAUGAGCAUUGAGACCUUCAACAAAACGGCCGCAAGUUUGCUGGGCCCUACCCAGAUCAUGAAGAUCGUUUUGAAGAACAGCCCCCAGGUCUUUCUGAGCCAGACUGGAGCCAAGAUGGCCCAACUGGUCACGCUGGAAGUGUUUGCCAGCAACAAAGACGUCCGGCCCUUCUUCACCCUAGGCAUCGAAGCCAGUUCAGAAGCUCAGUUUUAUGCUGAAGAUGACCGACUUAUACUCAACUUUAAUGACCUCAGUUGCAAUCGGAUACACCUGAUGAUCUCUGAUAUCAAUUUGUUCAAUACGGACAUCCUGAAGAGUGUCCUCACCAAGGUCCUCAGCGCUACGCUGCUGUCCAAUGAGAAUGGAAAAUUAAGACAUGGGAUCCCAAUGCCAAUAGUGAAGACCUUGGGAUACGACAUGGCCUCGUGGUCCGUGUUCCAGGGAGUCACGCUGCCAUUGCAGGCUUGGGGACUGGACUCAGAGUCCUCUGAAUCUGUGGUGUUUGGGCACAUCAGAGCCAACAUGAGCUACCUCUGA